AUGGCUUUGAUUCCUAAGACCCAUAGCCUCAGUGAUGACCCAGACAUAGUUUUAUGUGGUCACAAAUGUGAUUUGCAAGAAAAAAGACUGGUAAAUCAGAACCGUGCCAGGGAGUUUGCCAAAAAUUACAAUUUACCAUAUUUGGAAACAAGUGCCAAAACUGGACAGAAUAUUGAUAGAGCUAUUGAAAUUCUUCUUGAUAAAGUUAUGCAAAGAAUGGAGAACUCAGUGGAAUAUGCAAUGUUGUGUGCAUCAGGUCGUAGGCGUCAAUCAUUGCAAAAACUUCAAGCAAAGCAAGAUCGAAAAAUUUGUUCAUGU